CUUUCUUCGUAUGCGGCAUAUGCCGCAAAUACCGGAUACCCACAUGGCAGCGGACUUGGCACGGCUCCUGGAGGUGCUCGACGCGAUCUCGGCGGAUCUCAGCGCACGGACCGCGCUCCUUGAUGACCAGUGUAGCAGUCUGAAAGCCUCACUUUGCUAUUGCUCGUCGUCGUGGCAGCUCAAGAAACGCGUGCAAGAACAGGCAGAGGCGGCCAAAAAUGAAGAGGACCAGCUCCAGCGCGCGGUGGCCCACGCCGAGUCGGCGCUGGAAGAGGCGCUCAAGCGGGCCAAGUCCAUUCGGGGUGCGACUGCCAAGUGCACGCCGUUGAAAGAAGCAGCAGAGCCAGCUCCGUCCUCGAUGUCGACUAAAGCCGAACCGGCCUCCCCAGCUCCUGGCGCGCUUCCCCGCAAAAUGACGAGCCAGAUCAAGGACGUCCAAGACAUGGCGCUGCUGUGGUGCGGACGCGAUGCGCCACCAACCGUCGCUGCUGGAAAACUCAACCAGAUCUUAGCACAGCGAGACUCGGCCUCGUCGGCCGUCCCGAUCCGCAUCUCGUACCGUGACCAGCUCGAGCGCAUCCAGCAAGCGUAUGCUUGCGUCCUGCACGUCCUUGAAACCAAGUGCACGAGCUACGCCGCGGAGGCAUCACCCAGUCUCCCGACAGUCUUUCCCACUUGGUUUCGCCUCAAUAGGGUCAAGCAGCUUCUUGCGGCCCUGAAUGCAGAGCUCGCAGCGUGCCUUCAACGGAUACCGCCACCCCCCGUGCUCUCCAAGCGAGCGGCUGCGCGCACUCAGACAUUCCUGCAGGCGAUUGCACGCAAUCCGCAACACACUGUCGACAAUGCGCCACUCCAUCGCGAGAACGAUGCAAGCUCCGGGAUCUACAACAAGCUUCAAGCAGCAUGGCGUGCGGACAAGGCGCCGCUGGUCGAGGCGCCAGCGUAUACAGGCGCCAUCGACAGCAUUGCUUGCGAGCAUGUGUGCAAGCACCUCGUCCCGCCACUGCAAGAGCGACUCCAUGCCACUGCGACUGUCGAGUCCGAUCUGUACGAAAUCGAUAGCGUGGCGUUGCUUCGCCUAUUGCACUCGCUGACCUGCUGCGAUGGCCUCGAUAUGCGCAGUGUGAUUUCGCAUGACGACGAGGCGAUGUAGAGUACAAAAUCAUAUAUAAAUACAACGAUGUUUAAGCCGCCGACGACGUGAACUUGGUCACGGCCUUCGUGCCCUCCGAGACGGCGUGCUUGGCGAGCUC